CUUACUAUUUUUAUUCUCUUGUGUUCCUUCGUAACCCUAGCAGCCGCCAACCUCUCCUCUUCGUUCUCUACAGCCGGAAGAAAGGAAAAGAUGGAAUUUCAUUCGCAAAUCGUUUCGGAAGAAAGGAUACGGCGUUUUACCGAGCAUCGUGUUCGUAUGAUUUAUAUAGAGUUUAAAUUACUUCCGAAGGUAAAGCCUCUUUGAAAUUUAUGCUUAUUUCUUCCGGGCUGUUUUAUUCCCGUUCAAGUAUUAUUGCCAAUGCUAACUAUUUCUAUUUUUCUAUUGCAAGGAUUCGAUUUUUAUCCAAAUAAACGAAGAACGGGGACUAUCAAUGUUCUGAUUGUUAACCUGCACCCAGAACAUGAUUUAUGAUGAUUUUUGUUUUUUAAUGGUUCCUUCAUCAAUUCUCUACUAACUAAUAUGAACCAUUAACUUUAGAGGUUCAUGCCAAAGUCUGGAUCGUAUGAAUGAACCAUAUGCUUUGGACCCAUCAAGUUCUAAUUUUUAAUUUGAUUUUUAGGAAAAAAAGAGACUGCUUUUUGCUUUCACUGAUGCUUCUUUUUCUUCUCUGUAUCACAGAUUGAAUCAUAUCACAAUCAAAGGAAAGAAGAACAGAGUACCAUUCAGAUUUCAUGUUCUCAGAACUGGAGUAAAUCCUUCCGCGAUGUGUUUUUGUACAGUGUUCCCACCCAUUUUAUAUGCUACAGUACCUGUGAGAUUUGGACCGCACAUUCAGACAAGACAGAGAGCGUCCUGCGUACACAUGUAGAGGGAGAGAGAGAGCGUAUAGAGUAAGAAAGCUUUCCUUCAGAUCCACCUGUUCUUUCUUCGCAGCCGGCUUCACCGUCUUCGAUCAGACGUGCGCUGUCUCACUUCUCAAGUUGGAGGUCGACGAUCGCCGUCCAAUUGCAAUCAGCAAUACGCCGUAGCAUCAGAGAGAGCAUACCGCCGCGAGUUCUUCCGUAUCGUCUUUUUGCCUUUGACUUUAGCCGCCGGUCAUACACGUCUGAGUUCCGAAUGGAUCUUAGUAGCUUGGAGAGUUCUGAAGAGAACAUUCUAUGCAGGCCCAAUGGCGGAACUGAGGCUGACUUGCGACGCUGGAUUACCGGCCGUGCAGCGGCGCGUUGAUGCCGUGUCGGUGUCUUUCAGGAAAUCUCUCGAGACUACCAAAUCUAGGGUUCAGGAGACAGUUCUGCUUCAAGGUAUCAGUCUGCCAGCUAUGGUUUCCAAGCCAGGAUUACUCACUGACUGGCCAUGGACACCUCUUUGCAGCUUCAAGGUAUAUAUUUUACUCUGUUUUUUUCCUCUGCUUCUUUUUUUUAAUUUUAUUUUUAAUUUUGGGUACAAUGUAUUUCUCUUUUCAUUUACUCUUUUAAUCUAGCAAUUUGUUUUUUAUAAUAAAAAUUCUACGAGACGAACAGAGGACUGGCUGCUAGCAGCGAAACUAGGGCGGAGGUGGUGGAGCUCAUUGUGCAGCUGGAAGCCAAGAAUCCGACGCCGGCACCCAAGGAGGCGUUGACUUUUCUCAAUGGAAAAUAGGAGAUAUUGAGGCAGUAGCACCCCUUAUGUACCUCUUCAUCUACAUAUAAUCCAUAUAUUAGAGUGGUGAAUGGUGCUCUGGAGUAUUUGUCCAAGGAUCUUGGUAUUGCCGAGAAUGCUGUGGCACAAGGCAGGUCUUCUUGAUCAAGUGGUUUUUUAUAUGCAUAUUGUGGGUUUUAUGAUAUAAGUGAUGGCUAGGUGCUAGACUGCUUGGCUACGCGGGAUAACCAAGCCAUAAACAAAGAAAUUAAAUGUUAUAUUUUAUAAAUAGACUUCAAUAAUUAGAUUUUGUCUCUUCUAAAUUGAGAGGGGUCAUAGAAAGAACCAGUUCGAAAUCUGAUCAAUUCCUAACUAAAACCAAGCUGCCGCUGGUCGAGCCCGUCCCGCGUGCUACAAAUGUACCAAAUCUAUAUUUCUCAUAUAUUCUUGACAGGAUGGAUUGUCAGUGCAAGUCUUGCUGGUGCUACUUUUGGUUCAUUUA